AUGACCAGCCGGAUGAUCAUCCUGGCGGGAGCUCCCGAGUCAGCGAAGCUCGACUGGAGCGAGAAAUCGCUUUUGCCGGCUUCUACCCACGUCGAAUCUCUCUCCCACAAGAACGAACUACCCAACUCGCAGACCCCAUUAUCGCCCUCGUCCAAAGCGUUUGGUGCCCAAUGGCGACAGAUUACAACGCAGAAGCUCCAGAUGCGCCCGAUUUUGCCCAAACUCAACAUUGAUGCACGCCCGACGGCGCCAGGCAUUGCCUUCCCGCACCAAGGCAAGCAACAGGAUGAGACCAAUGAGGUUGACCAGAGCGGCGCCGAAUUCUUUUCCUUUUCUGAAUUACUCGGCGCAUCUACACCAAGCAGUGACAUUAGUGAGGCCCAGUCACAACCUUCACUCUCCGGCGGUUCCUCGUCUAUCCCAGAUACCGCUUCCAACAGCACGGGCGCGUUCAACACAUCCGACGGAGGACCUCUAUCCGAGUACUACGACCAUUCCUUUUCCAUCUACGAAGCCAUCCCAUCAUCCCAACUUUCACACUUCUCCGACUCCAUCACCCCUGGCACGCCCACCUAUGAAUCGAACGAAGAAAUGUUCUCGGCACAGCAGGUCCCCGGUACACCUGGGGGAAUAAUUCGGACUCCCUCUCAGAGACGAUUAAGUCAAGCGCCGCGACCGAAAACGCUGAGUGAGCUGCAAGACAUUCCGAAUGCAAGGUACUUGCAGAGCAUCUCGCCGCAAACCAUGACAGUCAACUUGAUUGUGGGCAUUAUUUCCAUUGCGCCACCAAGAACGGUCAUCACAGGGGCCAAAUAUGGCCGACCGAAGGAGGUGGACCUUGUGGAGAUGGUGGUGGGUGACGACACGAGAUCCGGCUUUCCAAUCUCCAUGUGGUUGCCAAAAGAAAUGCGGGUGAACUGGAAGGACGGCGCCAAUGCGAACCCGGAAGGGAGCCGGAGCAUCCUACGUCGAAGUUUGCGGUUUAUGAAACCUCGUGAUGUGGUGUUGCUUCAGAACGUGGCACUCAGCUCGUUCCGAGGCAAAGUACACGGGCAGAGUCUAAAGGGCGAUGUCACCAAGAUCGAUCUGUUGUUCCGCAAGAAAGUGGAUGACGACGAUUUGGCUGGUAUAUAUUCGGUGAGCAACCUCCGGACAGCCAAUGUGGGAAAGGACCCGCAGGUGUUGAGGGUGAAGAAAGUGAGGGAUUGGCUAAUGGAGUUUGUGGGCGAACGAGAGGGAGGGAUGGGGGGUGGAUUAACACCACCGGGAGGCAAAAGAGGAAGGAAGAACAAGGCUGGAUACGGCUAUGCGUUCUUACCUGAGGAUACGCCAUGA